GUAUAAAUAUGACCCAUCUUCCUUCAAUAAUCUGAGAAUGUUAUGGUAUUACACAGGCUCUGUGUCGGCUUGAUCAUUCUUGAUUCUGAAGACAACAGCUUGAAAACCAAGGUUCAUCAUGGCAAUGCUGAGAAGUUUUCUGCUUCUUUUUGUCAUCUUCUCCAUGGGGAAUGCAGCAGUCCGCCCAAGCUGCCCCUUUGGAUGGACAAAUUUUGGGUACCGAUGCUACAAGCACAUCUCUCAGAUGGCUGACUGGAUCAGAGCAGAGAGAAACUGUCAAAGUCUUGGUGCGAAUCUCGCAUCUGUGCGUAAUAAACUGGAAAACAAUUUCCUGCUGAGUCUGUUGCCUUCUUCUGCCACACGUUGUUGGGUCGGUGCUCAUGAAGGUGUACAAGGCGGAGAGUGGAUGUGGACUGAUGGAGCUGCAUUUUUAUAUACCAACUGGUGCCCUGGAGAACCUAACAAUUCACAACAGCCCGAGACCUGUUUGGAGCUCAACUUUCCCAAUGGCCGUUGCUGGAAUGAUGCGCCCUGUUCAAUCUCAAAGAGCUAUUUCUGUGCUAAGAAGGCAUUUGGUUGAACUUUUUCUGAUCUUAUCUUUACAAAAAUGUUAUUCUGAAAUCAAGUCUCUUCUAAACUUUAAUCUCUUCUCAAUAUCUUCUCUGAAACACUCCUCAAGUUAAUAAAAGCAUUGAUGAAGCAAAUCAUGUGCAUCACAAUCUAAUUCAUGAAUGUAAAAAUAUAAAUGUAUUGUGUAGCUCGGUUUGAGGAUUUGUUUAUUAAAAUGGUCAUUUGCAA